GUUUGCUGAGGGGAAGUAGCAUGCCGGGCAGAGCCUAAGAGACUUCGGAGAAAGGAAUGCAACAGAGCAAUCCGGUUCCCUUUGGAAAGACGCUCUGCCUUGCGGCUGCCGUACAGGAGGAGAAUCUAUUGACUUUGCACAAAUAUGGCUGCUGCCUUCCGAGCUGCGAGUCGAGUCUUGCAUCCAUUUGCAAAAAGGAACAGCUGGAAUCAGACAAGAAUCCAGUUGCAUUGGAGAUGGCAGUCAACAGCCGCUGUCCAAAAAGCAAAGCCACAUAUUCAACCUGAAAAGAGGAAACCUAAAACGGGGAUCUUAAUGUUAAAUAUGGGAGGCCCAGAGACUCUGGAAGAUGUCCAUGAGUUCCUCCAAAGACUUUUUCUUGAUAGAGAUCUAAUGACGCUUCCUGUGCAAAACAAAUUAGGACCUUUUAUUGCAAAGCGACGCACUCCAAAAAUCCAAGAGCAGUACAGGCGAAUCGGAGGUGGAUCACCUAUCAAGAAAUGGACCGAGGCCCAGGGGGAAGGCAUGGUGAAGUUGCUGAAUGAAAUGUCUCCUGAGUCUGCUCCACACAAGUAUUAUAUCGGCUUUCGUUAUGUCCAUCCUCUGACGGAAGAAGCGAUCGAAGAGAUGGAAAAAGAUGGUAUUGAAAGAGCCAUUGCAUUCACGCAGUAUCCACAGUAUAGCUGUUCCACCACAGGAAGCAGUUUGAAUGCAAUAUAUCGCUACUAUCACCAAAAAGGAGAAAAACCAAAGAUGAAGUGGAGUACGAUUGACAGGUGGCCAACGCAUCCUCUCCUCAUUCAGUGUUUUGCAGACCACAUAAAGAAAGAACUAGACUUAUUUCCACCGGAUAAGAAAAAAGAGGCGGUGAUCCUUUUCUCUGCUCAUUCUCUACCAAUGUCAGUAGUUAAUCGUGGUGAUCCAUAUCCACAAGAAGUGGGAGCUACUGUUCAAAAGGUGAUGGAGAAACUCGGCCAUUGUAAUCCAUAUAGGCUUGUGUGGCAGUCCAAGGUCGGCCCGAUGGCUUGGUUGGGUCCUCAGACAGAUGACACUAUUAAGGGACUUUGCCAAAGGGGAAAGAAGAACAUCUUGUUGGUUCCAAUUGCGUUCACCAGCGAUCACAUUGAAACACUCUAUGAACUUGACAUUGAAUAUGCGCAGGUCUUAGCCAAUGAGUGUGGAGUUGAAAAUAUCAGAAGAGCGGAAUCCCUGAAUGGAAAUCCAUUGUUCGCCAAGGCUCUGGCAGAUUUGGUCUGCUCACACCUCAAGUCGAACGAACUAUGCUCCAAGCAGUUAACCCUGAGUUGCCCGCUUUGUGUGAAUCCCACUUGUCGAAAGACCAAAUCCUUCUUCACUAGUCAGGCACUGUGAGAACGUACGCUGUGGUGGUCGGUUCAUUGGCAGGAGUAGGCAGUACAGAUUCUGUGAAAAGUGCCCAUUUACUCUGCCUUCUUUUGCCUCUCUCAGGUCUGCGUUUUGCUGUCCCAAGCGGGAUUCCCACGUGGGAUUCGCACAAGAGAUCCUGCUGAGACCUUUUUCCACCACUUUGGUUUUCUCUUGAGGACUUUUGCAUUGGAAGAGACACCUCAUAUUAAAGGGCUUCGUCCUCCGAGUUGCUGAAAAUCCCCAUUUUAUAAAAUUAAACAGAGUGUCUGAGGUUCUUCGUAUCCAAUGUGCUCUGAAGGAGAACAGAAUUUUGGUUGCUUGGACAGGUUCUCCAGUUUUGUUCUGCUAGAGAUGCUGAAGAAAAUCUGUUCACUUUGCAGGAAUGAACCUUUCCUCAAAAUGGUGAAGCUUGGUUCCAAAAAGACUGCGUCCAAGGUUUGCAGCCAAGAUGCAAGUCGAAUGUCUUUGCAGAAAGCCUUUCAUAAAAAUACUUGUCAUAGAUAUGUUUAAGUUAAACCUUCCUGGUAAAAUUCUGCCAUUUUGGUGGGUAUUAGGGUUUUUUUUAGGCAAACAUAGAUCUGGUAUUAGAGCUUUGUGACUAAUAAAGGUCUGAUGAUGAAACUACUUUUUUAGUUUUCCAAUAAUUUCAGCUGACAUCUUGUGUAUAGAUAAAUAAUUUG